AUGGCCGCAUCGGGAAAGCCACUGCUAUUCGAGAUUGCAUGGGAGGUGGCCCGCAAGGUGGGAGGUAUCUACACGGUGCUCAAGUCCAAGUCGCCGUGUACUGUGGCAGACUGGGGUGAUCGGUACUGCCUCAUCGGUCCGUACGAUGCAAAGUCGGCGGAGAGAGAGUUUGAGCCGCUGGAUCCAGGCCCGCUCCUGACUCAGGUCAUCGAGAACUUGAAGACAAAGCGAGGCAUGCGGCUAGAGUUUGGUCGCUGGCUCAUACCGGGCUAUCCGCGGGUUCUCCUCAUCGACUACCACACUCAGUGGGACAAGAUCAACGAGUUCAAGGCCGAGCUGUACUCCUCCUUUGGCUUGCCCAUUCCCGAGGGUGACGGCGAUCCCGAGACCAACGAGGUUGUUCUCUUUGGCUUCCAAGUCAUGUGGUUCUUUGCCGAGUUCUGCGCCACGAAUCCGUCGCGCAUCGUCCUCGCCCAGUUCCACGAGUGGAUGGCCUCGGUCGCCGUUCCGCUCAUCCGCCGCGACGCCCUGCCUAUGGCCACCAUCUUCACCACUCACGCCACCCUGCUCGGCCGCUACAUGUCCGCCGGCAAAACCGAGUUCUACUCGCGCAUCGAGUCCAUCGACGUCGACCGCGAGGCCGGCAACCGCGGCAUCUACCACCGCCACACCAUCGAGAAGCUCGCCGCCCUCAAGGCCCAUGUCUUCACCACCGUCUCACACAUCACCGCCCUUGAGGCCGAACACCUCCUCUCGCGCAAGCCCGAGGUCAUCCUCCCCAACGGCCUCCAGGUGGAGCGCUUCACCGCCAUGCACGAGUUCCAGAACCUGCACAAGCUCUCCAAGGACAAGAUCCACGACUUUGUCCGCGGCCACUUUUACGGCUACCUCGACGGCAUCGACUUUGACAACACCCUCUACCUCUUCACCGCAGGUCGCUACGAGUACUACAACAAGGGCUUCGACAUGUUCAUCGAGGCCCUCGCCCGCCUCAACCAUCGCCUCAAGGUAUCCGGCUCGCCCAUGACCGUCAUCGCCUUUGUCGUCACCCGCGCCCCCGUCGUCACCUACAACGUCGAGUCGCUCAAGGGCCAGAGCCUCAUGCGUGAGACCCGCCGUCUCUGCGACAAGAUCAACGAGAACAUCAACUCGCGCAUCUUCGAGGCCGUCUCAAAGGGCGAGCUCAUCGACCCCAAGGACCUGCUCACCCAGCAGGACUCGGUCCUCCUCAAGCAGCGCAUCCUCACCCUCCAGCGGGACACCCUCCCGCCCAUCACCACACACACCAUGGUCGACGACGCCUCCGACCCCAUCCUUAACCAGCUCCGCUCUUGCCAGCUCUUCAAUAAGCCCGACGACCGCGUCAAGAUCGUCUACCACCCCGAGUUCCUCAACGCCUCCUCCGCCCUCCUCCCCAUGGACUACGACGAGUUUGUCCGCGGUUGCCACCUCGGCGUCUUCCCCUCUGCCUACGAGCCCUGGGGCUACACCCCGGGCGAGGCCGCCCUCCUCGGCGUCCCCUCCAUCACAUCCAACCUCGCCGGCUUUGCCGCGUACAUGGAGCGCUACGUUGACAAGCCGGACGAGAAGGGCAUCUUCAUCGUCGACCGCCGCUUUAAGGCCCCUGAGGAGUCGAUGGAGCAGCUCGUCGACUACCUCUACAACUUUACUCUCCUCUCCCGGCGCGAUCGCAUCAUGCUCCGCAACGCAACCGAGAAGCUCUCGGAGCUCCUCGACUGGAAGGUUCUCUCGCGCCACUACGAGGAGGCCCGCGGCAUGGCCCUCUCCCAGUUCUUUAUCGAGCAGGCCACCAGGGCCGGAUCAUCAUCCUCUGCCGCCUCUGCUGCCGUCAUGGCUGCUGUGGUUCCACGUAACUUUGUCCUCCUUGAUGAGCUGGAGAAGGGCGAGAAGGGACUGGGCGACCCGUCGGUGUCGUACGGAUUGGAGGAUGGUGAGGACAUUAUGCUGACCAACUGGCGGGGAACUAUCAUUGGUCCGGCAAACACGGCUCAUGAUGGUCGCAUCUACUCGCUUCGUAUUGUCUGUGGUGACAACUACCCGGAUGAGCCGCCUGUCGUCAGCUUCAUCUCCAAGAUCAACAUGAACUGCGUCGACUCUUCCGGCCGCGUCGUUCCAUCCAAGCUCUCUACUCUCAAGAACUGGCGGAGGGAGUACGGUCUGGAGACCAUUCUCAUGGCUCUCAAGGACGCCAUGCGCUCGUCUGCAAACAAGAAGCUCUCCCAGCCCGCCGAGGGCGAGACAUUCUGA